AUGAUCUCGCGACUGUUGCUCACUGUGCUGGACAACAGCGAAACACUGCCUGGCAUCUACGAUGCACGGCGUGGCUACAGGACGCUUUUCACACAGUUCUGUGGCGACGGACUCGACUCGCCAUCAGCUGCGCUACCCACCCUGUUGGCAUCGCGCUUCCGAGCCUUGCGCAACGCCAAUGUCAAAGCCUGGGAUCAGGCCAAAGAGGCUGUCGAAGCAGCCAGUGGUGGCGGCAGCAAUGACUAUCUGAUGACCUUCCACUGGCGCCACUCGCCCAUCGAACUGCCCGCCUUCAACCCCUUUGAACGCCUUCUUCACACCACUUGCGACGACCUGCACUAUCUCCUCACCAGCUUACUCAAUGUAAGACCCCUGCCUGGAUGGUGGGAGACCAAAGCCAGGAAACACUUCCUCUGCUUCUUCCACAAAUUCCUUAAGCUUCUCUGCUACACGCAGGAUAUGAACGGCCUUUUGCGAGCUACUCAAGCUCAUGUGGAGGUGGAGCAAGAAUGGAUAAGCACCUUCAAGAUGUUGUCUCACCUUCACCACAACCUCCAACUCGUUGUCCAAGUGGCCAGUUCUGAUAAAGAACUCCUUCUCGAGGCCAUUAAAUCUACUAUAGACGUCUUUGAACGACGCAUUGCCGUAAUCGACCGGUGUUUCUAUGUGGGAGAGUUUGACGGACCCUACACUUCUCCACGUGACAUUGAUACUAUGAGAGCGCAGUGCCUGGGGGCCACAUCAGCUGUUUACGACUACGACAUCUUGACACUGCGAUUCAGUGUGAUGCAACCCCUUCCACGGCUUCUAGCCGCUCUUUUUGGACAUGCGCUUGAAAUGGGUCUUCCGUUAAGUAGAAUUGGUUUUGCUGAUAAGGAGUUCGCCAAUCUAGUCAUCGAGCGUCCACUUCAAAACAUCGCAUUUAUCGCCCAGUGCUCAGCUAAUCUUUGGGUCAGAAAUGGGCAGAUGAUUCGAAACAUUAUCUACAACAUGUAUGAGGGCCUUCGAGCAGAGAUAGUUGAUCGGGAUUACCAACUUCUCCAACAAGCAGCGGCUGUUAUACCACCGGACGAGUUUAUUGUUCGACUCAUUCACAAAUUAAAUCUCCUCGAGUUUAUGAAUGAGGAUCAAACCUCCAUCAAACCGGGUCGCGUUCAAUUCCUCGAGACGCUUCUUCGUACCCUUCUCUACCUGGUAACUCAUCGCACAACUGUUGGAGUGGGUUACUUCGAUCCCAAGGUCUACGCGUCGGCGCCCUCCUCUGCCUCCCUCUUUCCCGAUGCCAAGCUGGGCGAAGUUGACGAGGUACUAGAGGUGAACUACGGCCAACUCCUCGACGACGUAGUCCACGCACUUUGCAUCAAACCCAUGACGCACUCCAAGCUUCUCUCUGUUCUACCUCCUCAAGCUCCAGGCUGUUUGUUGCGCAAGGCUCCGCCCUAUCCUCGGCUCGAAACGGAUGCGUCGGGUUCUCCUAGCACCUGGUCAGGUUCUUGGAGAGACAGCGUUGAGGAACCACUUUCGAGGAUCCUCCAACAGGUUGCGACUCUUGCCACCUGUGGUACCAAGAGAGUGUACACCAUCAAACCAGAGGUUAUCGUAAAUAGGUUUAAUCGUUUCUACUAUGGUUAUAAACAGACGGAGCAGACUAUGGCUGAGGAGUACGUGACACGAGUGCUGAAGCACUGGUCGCAGAAGUCGGGCGAUCCAGCGGGUACUCGAUGUCUGCAGCUUCCCACUCCGCCUCCACUGCCGCGACCGCGACGGCGCUUUGUGGCUGCAGUGGAGAGGGGCCUUUUACAGGUAGUGCGGUGCACCACCUUCGUGCGACUUCUUCGCCGACUUCUUGGCGUUGCGGUGGUUCACAACCCUGCACAGUCCUGGUGGUCGGAGACACUUACUGAACUCGUUCUCCACCUCAUUGCUGCGGCUCUUUAUGAGGACGCGAUCACUUUUUCAGCGAUAGGUCGUCGGCCCUUCCUGGAAGCUGUGGCACGGGUGCCGAUCGAGAAGGAGACGCCGGAGGAAUUGCAGCGAUUAGCCGCUUCUCGACACUGGACCAAAACGGGAAUAGAUAGGGGGUCUGACCUGGAACUCUCAACCGAAAAUAACUGUAUUCUCUCGCGGCUGUUGGAUCUGCAGGACGACCGAAUGGAUCCCAAGGUGGCCCAUUUAGCAAAGUGGACCAUAGAUCUAUGGUAUGAUGUGGCUGCUAAGCCACAAGGUGAGGCUUCCACAGGUCUGACUGCCAUGGAAGUCGAAAAUUUGGAAUCGGAGGAGUCCAAGAAGCAGCAAAUGUUGGAGGCUAAACAGCGUCGGCGAGCUAAAAUCAUGGCACAGAUGUCAAAAAUGCAGCAGAAAUUCAUCGAGAAGCACUUCAAAGAGAUCUCCAGUGCCAGUGAUAACGACCAGCAGAUGGAAACAGCGGAUUCCUUAUCCUCGAGCUCUAAUAACUACCUAUCUCUUGACGAGGCCGUGACCAACGCCUCCUUCACCACCUUCAGCGCUCUAGGUCCGAAUCGUGUGGAGGAGCGCAUUUCUCAAGUGCUGGCUAAUGAAAAGCCUCUAGUCACGUGUGUGCUUUGUCUGGAUGAGGUGCCAGAGGAGGAGAGGCAUCACAUGGUGAUUGCCGCAUAUGGCAGUCGUUCUAACGUUCUCUCGGUCCCCCUGCCUCAUGGUCAAGCUGUUGAUUUUGCCACCGGUGUCUGCAGGCCCGAUUGCACCGAGCAGACGUUGGCGGGGAUUGCUACAACAGCAGUGGCCGCCUCAAUAGGUAGUCACGAAGUCGUUCUGACACAAUUGCCAUACCUUCUUAGCAAUUUAACCCCUGGUGCACAUCCGGGCAACAACGGUGGAGCCUACGCCACCCAAUCCUCACCCUCCAUGGCAGGAAGUAGUCAGUCGUCGGAGCCGGUGUCUUGGACAAAGAAAUCAGAUGUGCUUGAUCCCUGGUUCCAGCGCCCUCUCAUCUCUAGUAGGUGUCCCGUGGGAGAGGAGGGUACAUUCAUAUCCACCUGUCCUCACUCCAUGCACGCCACUUGCAAGGAGCGGUACUCAGAGCGGUUGAAAGAGCAAAACGAUGAUAUGCGACAGCACAGAUAUUCUCACAGACCACCCAUGUACGAGUUUCGCUGCUCUCUUUGCCGUUGUCUUGCCAAUUUCGACUUUCCAGUUUUCGAGCGUCUGCAGGACUCGGUGCCCACCGAAUGGUUAUCAAGGUGUCUCCAAAGGCCUACUGAUUUGGCUUCUUGGCUGAGGAACCUCCAUGAAUGGCUUAAUGAGUCUCCAAAGCUGUCCACAUCAAUCAACCUCAAAGUGAACUUUAGUAUCACUGAACUUUCGAACGUACCAGAGAGUUUUUCAAUGCUCUUUGGCAUUUUGACUGACAGCAAUGCGCAUGACCGGGAUCGUGUCCUUGAAGAAAUCUGCACGAUUUGCGAGAAUUCUUUUUCGCCACAAGACAUCGAAGAGAUAAAGCCUGGAGAAACAAGGAGUGGAAUAGUAACAGGCACCUCUGAGCAUCGAUCACGCUUGCCCCGCUCCUUUGGUCGUCGCUUUUUAGGCGCCUCGUCGUCAUCCUUGCAUGAAGGUAGAACGACACUUUGCCGCGGGCAACAAGCAAUUGUCCCCCUUCUACAAUUCCCUCGACUAGAUAGUUUCAGAGUGUCCGAAAAUCUUUGGAGCUUUGUUAAAAACCUAGCUCAUCUCAGUCAGCCAAGGCCCAUUGAAUGCGUCCAGCCUCUUAUCGCGAAUGCGGGGACGGAUGGUCCCGUCAACUUCAUGAUUAUGAUAAACAAUGCUGAAGAUGCAGCGGCUGGGCUCCCUGCGGUGGAUCUUGACGAAGUCGAUGAGGGCAACGAUAACAACCUUCUUGAUAAUGAGACAGUAAAUGCAAUCGUGAAUGAGCCUGGAACGCCCGCAUUGGAGGUCGAUGCGACGUCGCUAAUUAUGCAGGCCAUCGUGGCGGACGCAUUUCGAUCGCUGGACAGGGACGAUGGACAGCAGCGCACCUCCGGCUCUAGUGCCGCCGCUGCCGCUGCUCUACCACCGUGCGUGUGCGAGGCGGUGGAGGAGUUGCACACUAGCCUGGUUAGCUGCUACUCACACCUCCUACUGCUCAGUGGUCGCUUGGAGACCACAGUAACAGAGUCGAGUCGACGCUUGGGCCAGGCGGUUAGUCGGCUACGUGCGGCUCUUGUCUGCACUCGUCGACGUAGCCUUCAAGCCCUUCAUGCUGCAGCUUCUGCCUGGCGCACGCUUCGACACUCCAUCGCCUACACACUUAUUGACUGGGAGAGGUACCUGCGCCUGUUGGGCCCACGAAGUCACUUCUUCAGCAGCGACAUGGCGGAACGCCACAAAACGGGUCUUUGCUACCUGAUUCGUGCCGCAUUCCACGCUCACGCGCGUCUGGCACCCGUUUCCAGGGGCAUCUUCGGACGGGCUGAUGGUGAUGGUGACACUACUCGGAUGCGCCAGUGGCUUCUGCAGCGCGAUGACCCUGAGUGGUGGUGGUGGUAUUGCUACUUUGCUCCUCAAGCAGAUGAAGAUGCCAAUUACUGUUGUUGCUCACAUAGUCACACAAGGAAAGCAUCACAUUUGACUGAAAACGUUAUGCGUAUUGCUGUCACCCAGGACGCCAUUCGUCUUUGGCGUCUCCUCCUGCCUGACUCUGGCAGCCUUUGCGACAAUAAGCCUAUCAACUUAUCCUCAAGUCCUACGCGUCCUCCUCCUUCACCACUCUCCGUUUCCUUGGCACUCGAGACGCUUUCUCAAUCACCUGAUACUCUCGGUGUUCCCGCUAGUCUCCUCUGGGAGGCCGACAUCACACACCUCUUCAUCAGCCUCCUCUUCUUGCGCCCGGGUCUAGAGGGCGUGGACCAACGCGUGGAGUGCCAGCGAGUACAACUCCGUGAACGCGUCGUCAUAGCAGAGGCAGUGGGCCAACUGCCUGAUGUCGCUUGCAACGAGGGCUUUCCACGACUUCCCAUGGGUGACUCACACGAGGCCUUCACUUUGCGCCUCUGCUACCUUGCUCUCCUUGUUCAAACUCUCCUCUCUUGGCAACCGCAACACUCUUUUGAUGCGUCCAUCAACGAAGCUCUGCGGGAGCCCUGUGCCAUCCUCUGGAUGAAUGAUAAGUUGUUAGCAGUACGCCGACGUUUGCAACACCUCUCCGGCCUUCCCAUAUGCACGGUUGAGCCCACAUCACGAAAUCUGACCCAUCUGUUCACAUACAUCCACUCUCGGUGUCUUCCGUUCUUGCGUAUUGCAGCUUUCAUGAUUUCUCAGAUCACAAAUCUCGACGUGCCCCCAGAAUUGUCUCACCCACUUGAAGACAAACCUUCAUACGAAUUCAGCAUGCUAUUGGCAUACCUGGGUCUGCCCCAAUCGCCCUCCGAUCUUCUUAUUCUUCUCUCCGAUGCAAAUUGUGGUGUAGAAGAAAUUGUAUCACCUCCGUGCUUGACUGCAGAGGCAUCAGCAUCCAGCUCCCUCUGGUUAGCUAGUCUAAUGACCUCCUGGUGUCUCCUCGGCCGGGAUUCUGUCUCUCGAUCUCUAUAUGCCAAUCAACUCCUACCUGUUUAUUUACCACCUUCACUGGACCUUAGAUCAGCGAUACCUCUUCUUCCCGAACCCAACAUCAACCCUCCCCGUCUGAUCCAAUUACCCAAGGAGUAUGUCUCCCUCAUGGCUCUUGCGACGGAGCUCAAGAGCGUGCACACCGGUAGCAACAUCCACUCGGAUCCAAGUCUAUGUCUGGUGUGCGGGGCAGUGGCGUGUUUCGCCUGCUACAGCUGUCGACGGUUUGAGACAAUCCCAGAGAUGACUGUGAGUUCAGAUAAUGGCACUGUCAGCACUGUGGGGCGUCGAGAGGCCGUCGUCUACGAUAUUCAGGCGCACGUGCGUUGUAGCCACUCUGGAUACGCCAUGGUGAUGCUUUUCACUGGUGGGGUUCUUCUCUUCUCCGAUCAGGGCCGUCGGACCACAGAGCUGACGAGUCCCUACAGGGAUGAGUUUGGCGAGCCCGAUGUUGGUCUUCGACGAGGCAACCCGCUAUUCCUCAAUGAGAAAGCUUACGAGGAGUUGAAUCAAAUGUGGCUCAAUCAUCAGAUGAACAGCGCGACAUCGGCGAAGCUGUAUCUCAUCUAG